UGGCUGGCCCAAUUCCUCCAUAGCUCUCCGUUUAUUUCUCUUUCUCCGGCGGACGGGAGCUCGGCGUCGUCAGCUCCGGUCACCGGAGGACGGUGUAGAAGAAAGUGCACUGCUUGCCAUUUCAAUCUCUUCUUCAUUUGCUGUACAAAUUCAUUUAGAUUCAAAUCAAGAAUUGUCAUUAUGGGAGCCUGUGUUUCAACAUCGAACAAAAGGCCGAGGACAAGGAAGAGGCUGCUGCGAUCGAGAAAAUGUCAUGGGAGAGUUUCUGCAUCAUCCAUUCCUUGUACACCAAAAGGCAAGUCUGGUAGGAAUGGAAAUUGCACAGCUGAUUUCGCGCUCAGUGAACUUCAUGUUGAGACUGCCGGAACAAGUAGCCGUAUUUCUGAGGUUUCUAAUUUGACUUUUCACCUCACUCAGCUGCAAUGGCGUCAUACUCAGAUGAAUGCCAAUAGUCUAUGCCAAGAGGAAGCAUGGUUUGAUUCAGUCAGUAUUUUGGAGUCUGAUUCUGAUGAUGAUUUCAGUAGUGUUCAUGGAGAUGUCUUCCCAAUUGUAAGCAAUUCAAUUGGAGCACAGAUGCUACAAUAUGAGAAUGCUUCAAAGUUUGUGGAUGCAAUUUGUAAGUUAGAGGAUUUCUGUGAUAAAUCUCCAAGGCAUUUGGCUGUCGAUCAGUUUGCGAAAAGAGAUGGUGUGGAUGAGUUCAAAGGAGUUGAUGGAAUCAAAAUUAUGAAUCCACAAGGAAGGAAGAGAGUAGUAGACUCAUAUAGUAGUACAAAAGACUCUAAAGACGACAAACAUGAGGUGGGAGAGAAGUCUCACCAGUCAUUCCCUCUGUCGGAAUUAAUGACAAAAAUCAACAUCUUUUCGAGUGCUAGCCCUCCAAGUCAGAAAAGAAAAUCAGCAAUUAUCAAGCUUUCUUAUAAGAGAAAAUCUUAUGGUGGUGAUGAAACUACUGAAUUCUGUGCUUCAAAGCGAUACUUGUUUCAUCCAAGAGCAGGACUUUCGGUUCCGUAUUCUCCCGGGGAGGAGCAAACACCUGGAUGUUGGUCCAUAAUUGAACCUUCAACAUUCAAACUCCGGGGAGAAAGCUAUUUCAGGGAUAAGAAGAAAACUCCUGCUCCAAAUCAUGUUGCAUAUCAUCCAAUUGGUGUAGAUUUGUUCACUUGCCCCCGGAAAAUACAUCACAUAGCUCAACACAUCGAACUUCCAUUUGUCAAAGCGCAUGAAAAACUGCCCUCAAUCUUGAUUGUAAAUAUUCAGCUGCCUACUUAUCCUGCUGCAAUGUUCCUUGGAGACAGUGAUGGUGAAGGAAUGAGCCUUGUAUUGUAUUUCAAACUUUCCGAAGAUUAUGAGAACGAAGUUUCCGCUCAUUUUCAAGAUAGCAUUGCAAAAUUUAUAAAUGAUGAAACCGAAAGGAUAAAAGGAUUCGCAAUGGACUCUACUAUACCUUAUAGAGAAAGAUUGAAAAUCAUUGCCGGCAUUGUAAAUCCGGAAGAUCUUCAUUUAAGUUCUGCAGAAAAAAAACUUGUGCAUGCUUAUAAUGAAAAACCCGUACUUUCCCGCCCUCAACAUAGUUUUUACCGGGGUCCAAAUUACUUUGAGAUCGAUCUUGAUGUUCAUCGCUUCAGCUACAUAUCAAGAAAAGGACUUGAAGCAUUUCGAGAGCGAUUGAAAAAUGGUAUUAUUGAUUGGGGGUUAACAAUUCAGGCACAAAAACAAGAGGAAUUACCAGAACAAGUUCUUUGCUGUUUGAGAUUGAACAAGAUUGAUUUUGUUGAUCAUGGACAGAUACCGACAAUUGUAACAUUAGAAGACUGAUACUUUUCUUUUGAAUUUUUCAUGUAAUUUAUGAUCAUUCACUUCAAAUCCACAUACAUUGAAUAAACUGAUUAUAUUUAAUAAAGUGAUCAUAUUUAAUAUUA